CGAGUCCAACACGUCAUCCUUGUUUUCUGAUGAAAUUAUUUAUCGAAUAAUUCGUUACCUUUCCAUUAUAUCAUACAUUUAAUUGCACGAUUGAAAGCAUAAUAUUUAUAUCUUUGUCUUCGAUGAUUAUUGCUGCAAAGUAAGGACGAAUUAUAGUGAAAUUUGAGGGAGAUAAUAUUUCUAUCGCAACACCCCUUCACAUCCCGUAGUCCACACUGUUCACUUCUUUCGCUUCGAAGUGAGAUCUGUGAAAAGUUGUCUAAAAAUAUAGCUGGAAAUAACCAAUUUCUCGCUAGUAUUUUUCGACCAUUUUAACAGAUAACUUUAGGGGAUCAGGAACAUCACGGAUCCGUAUUCUUUAUAACAUUUAUGAGUGCUCGGUGACGACAGGAAAAUACAGAAAGCUGUGCAAUGGAUGAAGCACACACCAAACCCAACGACGAAAUUUUAGCAACUUUUAAAGUUGACGAAGAGGUCGGAUUAUCUGAUGAACAAGUACGCAGUUCUCAAGAAAAAUACGGUCCAAAUGAACUGCCCGCAGAGGAAGGUAAACCUCUGUGGGAGCUCAUCUUGGAACAGUUCGAUGAUUUACUCGUAAAAAUCCUUCUUUUAGCUGCAAUUAUCUCUUUCAUUCUUGCGUGGUUUGAAGACCAAGAUGAGCAAGUUACUGCCUUUGUUGAACCCUUCGUCAUCUUGUUGAUCCUCAUAGCCAAUGCCAUCGUAGGCGUGUGGCAGGAAAGAAAUGCGGAAGAUGCCAUUGAGGCGCUGAAAGAAUACGAACCUGAAAUCGCCAAGGUGAUCCGUAAGAAUCACAGAGGUGUUCAGCGCAUCAAGGCCCGUGAACUUGUGCCUGGAGACAUUGUAGACGUUUCAGUUGGUGACAAAGUACCAGCUGAUAUCCGUCUGCUCAAGAUCAGUUCCACUACCCUACGUGUAGACCAGGCUAUCCUGACUGGAGAGAGUGUCUCCGUCCUGAAACACUGUGACGCCAUACCUGAUCCCCGGGCUGUCAACCAGGACAAGAAAAACAUUCUUUUCUCCGGAACCAACAUUGCAGCAGGAAAAUGCAGAGGUGUCGUUAUUGGAACUGGACUGACAACAGAAAUUGGAAAGAUCCGUAACGAGAUGAUGGACACAGAGACAGAGAAGACUCCACUCCAACAGAAACUUGAUGAGUUCGGUGAGCAACUCUCCAAGGUCAUCUCCAUUGUGUGUGUUGCCGUGUGGGCAAUCAACAUUGGUCACUUCAACGAUCCCGCUCAUGGUGGUUCAUGGAUCAGAGGUGCCGUCUACUAUUUCAAAAUUGCUGUUGCCCUCGCUGUAGCCGCUAUCCCAGAGGGUCUCCCCGCUGUCAUCACUACAUGUCUUGCUCUUGGUACACGUCGUAUGGCCAAGAAAAAUGCCAUUGUCAGGUCCCUACCAUCCGUAGAAACUCUAGGUUGCACCUCAGUCAUUUGCUCAGAUAAAACAGGAACACUUACAACCAAUCAGAUGUCAGUAUGCAGGAUGUUUAUUUUUGACAAAAUCACUGAUGCCGAAAUCAAAACUCAUCAGUUUGAAAUCACUGGCACCACAUAUGCCCCAGAGGGUGAAGUUUUCAAAGGAGGUCGUUCAGUAAAGUCCGGUGAAUACGAGGGUCUAGUCGAGCUCGCUACCAUCUGUGCACAGUGUAACGAUUCUAGUGUAGAUUAUAAUGACGCUAAGGGAGCUUAUGAGAAGGUUGGAGAGGCCACUGAAACUGCCCUCACUGUGCUAGUGGAAAAGAUGAAUGUAUACAACACUGAAAAAGCUGGACUUAACAAAAAAGAAAUGGGAACAUGCUGUAACAAUGUGAUCAACAAUAUGUGGAAGAAGGAAUUCACCCUGGAGUUCUCCAGAGACAGGAAGUCCAUGAGCAGCUACUGUGUACCAAACAAACCAACACGCACUGCUGGCAGCGCAAAAAUGUUUUGUAAGGGUGCUCCUGAGGGUGUAAUUGAAAGGUGCUCUUUCGCUCGAGUAGGAAACCAGAAAGUCCCAAUGACAUCUGCUGUCAAGGCCGAGAUCAUGAAACAUGUCAAAUAUUACGGUACUGGACGUGACACCCUGAGAUGCCUUGCUUUGGCAACCAAUGACAACCCUGUCCCCGUUGAAUCCAUGGAUCUUGAAGAUUCCCGCAAGUUUUCCACUUAUGAGUCUGGCAUGACAUUUGUUGGUAUUGUUGGAAUGUUGGACCCUCCACGUAAGGAGGUCAUUGACUCGAUCAUUGACUGUAGAGCUGCUGGUAUUCGUGUCAUCGUCAUCACUGGAGAUAACAAGGCCACAGCUGAAGCUAUCUGCCGCAGGAUUGGUAUCUUCGGAGAGAGUGAAUCAACUGAGGGUCUUGCAUUUACUGGUCGCGAGUUUGAUGACCUUAGUCAAGAUGAACAGAGACAAGUUGUUACCCGUGCUCGUCUCUUCGCUCGUGUAGAACCUGCCCACAAGAGUAAGAUUGUAGACCAUCUGAGAGCACAGGGAGAGAUCUCUGCUAUGACUGGUGACGGUGUGAAUGACGCCCCUGCCUUGAAGAAUGCUGAGAUUGGUAUUGCUAUGGGCUCUGGAACUGCCGUCGCAAAAUCUGCCUCUGAGAUGGUGCUCGCUGACGACAACUUCGCAACAAUUGUGUCUGCCGUAGAGGAGGGCAGAGCCAUCUACAAUAACAUGAAACAGUUCAUCCGCUACCUCAUUUCAUCCAACAUUGGAGAGGUUGUCUGUAUUUUCUUGACGGCUGCCCUUGGUAUGCCCGAAGCCCUGAUCCCCGUCCAGCUCCUAUGGGUCAACCUUGUAACAGACGGUUUCCCCGCCACCGCCCUUGGCUUCAACGGCCCAGAUCUUGACAUCAUGCAGAAACCACCAAGGAACCCCAAGGAGCCACUUAUCAGUGGAUGGUUGUUCUUCAGAUAUAUGGCAAUUGGAGUUUAUGUUGGAGCCGCAACAACUGGUAGCGCCGCCUGGUGGUACAUGUACGCACCAAAUGGCCCUGGACUCACCUACUGGCAAUUGACACACGCCAUGCAGUGUCCCGCAGAGCCUAGAAUGUUCCCCGGUGUGGAUUGUAAAAUAUUUGAUAGCCCUUAUCCAAUGACAAUGGCCCUCUCAACCCUAGUUACUAUAGAAAUGUUUAACGCUCUGAACAGUCUGUCUGAGAACCAGAGUUUGAUCCACAUGCCUCCAUGGAGCAACAAGUGGCUAGUGUUCGCCAUCUUACUCUCAAUGUCUCUACAUUUUAUGAUCCUUUACUCCAAGGUCUUUAAUACUAUUUUCCAAAUCACCCCUCUCAACGGAACUGAGUGGGCAGCUGUACUAAAGAUCUCCUUCCCUGUAAUCCUAUUGGACGAAUGCCUCAAGUUUGUCGCCAGAAAGUUCACCGAUGUGGCAGAAGCAGUAGAUCCAAUGGCCGCCAAGAAGUUCCAGUAAACAACAUGGCGCGGCACCAUAUUAGGAAAUUGUCACCUGAUGCAAACAUUUAUGCAAGAUAACAGUCACCAUAGAUAGCAUAGACAGUGUUGUCAAGACAUCAAUAUGACAUCACAAGAUGUCAGAUGACAUCAUCAUAUGGUGUCACAUGACAUCACAAUUCAUGCACCAACUAACAAAUCAGGAAUAUGCUGUGGCAGAGAACAGUUUUUUUAAACCAUGAACUGACUGUCGGUUAUCGACGUAUAUUAUGUUUUACUCAUUUCUGUCUAUUUAGUCUUAUCCAAUUUUAGUAGCAAUGUGAAUAGUUGAAUAAUUUAAGUGCUUCUUAAAGUGAUAUCAUUAGAGUAGUCAACCAAUCAGGGAACUGAUUUUUGUUUGGCUCUUCUAGCCUCAAUUUGAAUUUUAAACCCCACGUUCAACUUAUUACCUAAUAUUAUAUUAGUUGAAAGCCCCUCAUGAAAAUAUUUCUUUGGGGAAUUAAGAACAGAGUUUCUGUGUGGAAUUCUAUUGUAUUUUUAUUGUUGUGUUUACAAUACGAUAGAGUUCUUGGCGUUCGGCCGAGGAAUAUUGUUUGAUGUGUAAACUGUAUAAUUAACAUGUAUUUUGACAGGUCAACGUGUCUUGAAUGUUAUUAUAAAUAAAUUAAUAUUAUUAAUAAUCAAAAAACAGAAUGAGCUCUUGUACAAAAUAUUUUUAAAUUGUGUAUAUUAGGAAAUGCAUGGAUGUGAGAUUGUUCGCAUAAUGAUAAUGUGUGUAUAUUCGUAGGGUUUGCCACCUCUUGUUACAUGCGUAUUAGGUCCUUGUUGAUUGUACACACAAGACUUGUUGAUUGUACACACGAGUCUUGUUGUUUGUACACAUGUGUUCAUUCUUACCUAACUUAUUGUGCACAGGAAUCUAUAUUACUGCAUAUGUAUAAAAUCAUAUCCUUGUUGAUUGUAUAAUAUCAUCUAAAUAUCAUCAAUGUACAUGACAGGAGUGAAUGUUUAUCUGCAAUUUGAUUGGCUUAGAGCUCAUGGAGUGGUGAACAACCAAAUAUUGCAAUGUAGAUAGAGAGUUGCUGGACUGUUAAAUAUGAUGUGUUUAGCUGGUUGUUGCAGACAAAUGGAUUUAAGUAGCCCACAACAAUACCAAAUCCAUUUGCAGGAUGGAUUAAGUAGCCUAUAACAAUAACAAAUCCAUCCUCAAUUGUAUAUACUAGUACAUAUACACCCAUUCUCCAUUGGUUCUAUAUCAUGAUUUUUUGAUACAUUUUACUCACUGACAUGCACUAUAGAAGGGUUUAUGCCACGUCAUCGUCAACACAUCGACUCAGUCAGUCUCUAAUCAGACAUUAUAGAUGGCGCAUGAGGGAUCGGGAGGAGCUUUGAGACAAAUGUUGUUUGUUUGUUUGUUUGUUGUUUUCUAUAUAAUGCUAUUUUGAUCCAAAGCUCCUCCUUAUAAGGCCACUUAAGUCAGGCGACUGGGUGACGAUUUCACUUUGCAAUCUUUACUAAGAUCUGACUGAACCAGGUAAAAUUCUGAUCGUUAACUUUGAAAAGGAUUUCACCUAUUUUUGACUUUAUCACUUGCUGUGUUCACUGUUCAACAUAUUGAGCUGGAUUUGAGUUUUCAUUCUUCGGGCGGGGUCGAUCAGAAUUUUAGUGGUGACUUUUAUUUACCUCUUAGGAUCAUGAAAUGCUUUGAUUUUAUGUGUGAAAUGAGGUUAGUUCUUAAGGCCUUCACCAGAGGGCCCCACUAGCUCUGAAUUUAUCCAUCAUGGCUGAUACUACAAUAAAUGGUGAACCUUUUCAAAAAAAAUUAA